AUGAGGAACUGCCGCCAGCGCGGUGUUGUUGACCCUCAACCAUCACGUAUUAUCGGCGGCAGCGGCGUCGGUUUCGCCGUCAAAUCCGGUUCGCCACCGGAACGUAUGAAUCACAGCGAGGAGGGGACAGCACAUAAAAUGAACUUCGCCGAUCAAAUCGGCCGCGUCCUUGCGGUGUUCCUCUUCGCCUGUGUCUCUGACGUUUUUUGGCGAACGAAGCCGGUGGUCUUUGGCCAGACACAAUUCUUCAACAAGAUCCUGAAAACAUGCACCUUUCCGGACUAUACUCAGGGCAUAUACAAAAUGCAGGAUCCGGAAUACGUGCCAAAGUUCUACGACGUAGCCGUACGCGACCCGAUCCGGUACAAAGACGUAUUCAUUGGUCCGUCGUUCAUAUCGAAAUGGGGCGACUGCUACGAACAGCACGGCCACGGUUACAUCGUCAGUUUAAAGAAGGUCGGCGGCUACUUGUGUUUUCGAUGCAUCGUGAUCAUCGUCCGGACUCCGAACGUUGUGCAGAUCAAUACGAGGACAGGCGAUGCCUGCUACACCGAUGUUGCGAAAGCAAAGCAGGAAUGCAACAACGCCAGUAUGGCCAUUGCUGUGGAAGGAAUCAUGUUAUGGCGUUCUGAAAACGUGCAAAAUCAAUACUGUCCGUUGGGGGGACGAGCGAAUUUCACGUACGCCAUCGCAAAUAACCUCAUCUGUCCACUGUCGACCACGACGCCGUCGACAGCGAACAACUGCGAUCUCGGUUUUCAGCUGGACCUGUCCUUCAGAUCUUGCAACUUCUUUCAAUACAGUAAGCUGAUGGUUUUCAACCACGUCAAAUGUUGCACGUUGAGUAAACGGCGGAAACCACUUGAUCACGACUUCGACUUUCUCUUAUUUGAGUCGAACGAAGAGUUGGUCGACGUGUCAUUCUGCAUUCGUCGGAUACUCAUCGUCGUUUCCACUCCUCUCUACACUCGCUUCGAUCGCGUAUCGCGUUUCCUCUGGUUGAUGGCUCAGCCGAGAAAGUUCGAUGCCAACGAAUGCACAUGUGCACCGUUAGACCUCAGUUUGCAGUGCCUCGGCUCAUGGAAGAACGGCAUGCAGAGUGAUGAGAUUUACUUUGGACUCUAUAACAUCGAAGCGAAAGAGUUCAGAUGCGGACUGAUGAAGGCGGGCAGCUCUGCUGUCAGAAGCACUGUUUUGGCUGCGUUGUCGAACGACUCGUCGUGCCACAACAUGCUGAAGAGCAGCGCCAGUGGUUACGAGGAGUUCACGUUUUUCAUAGGCGACUGGGAAACGGUCGCGGUGUCUGGUGACACGAUGAGCUUCUACAAGCAGGACAACCCUUCAACGAUGGCGAUUAUCUACGGAAAGUGCAUCGACGUUGAUCGCGAGAAAUUUCGAAUCUACUCAAAAAACCACUGUGAUGAUGAAGUCGGGUCUUACUGUAUCUCAACAAAGCGAAGAACUGCUUCCGUCCUUGAAUAUAAACUUGCUCCGUUGCAUCCGGCGCAGAGCCUGCAGCAUUGUUCUGAGGAACAGGUGUAUAAGAACAGCUCCUGGCUGAUGCUGUCAAAAAGAAAGUCAAACUCCACAGUGCCGUGUUCGUUGGUGGGUCGGUUCACAUCGCAUCGCAUCAUUCGAAGAGGCAACAUAUUUCAUAACAUAUCGUCCGGCUGCAAUCGCGAUUACCUGAUGACCUAUUCGGCAAACGUUUACGGUCAGUCAGACUUGAAAGAAGGUAAGCAGAGGCAUGAGUUGUGUUCGACGGCUCCAGAACUCAUUUUUUGA